GCCAUCCUUUGGCUUUCAAACAAAAAAGACCCGAGAGCCGAAAACAAAACCUCCAGAUAGGAUAGAGAAAGAGACAAUGCCCAGCGAAGCUCACGACGACGCCGAUAGCACCACCGGUGGUGGCAGAGAUCAUGUUGUGCCGACAUCCAAUGAACGAGAAAAGAUGGCCGAGAAGGAAAAGAAGGCUGUGACCUGCUUGCGUUUGGUUCUCUUGGCAGUUUUGGUGGUCUCUGCUGUUGUGGUUUCCGUCGUACUGUAUCUCUACACCUCUGGGAAGGAACAGGAGGAGUUUGAGUCUCAGUUUGAUAGUGAUGUUUUCAAGCUUAUGGAAUCCCUGGGACAGCACCUUGACCUCACACUGGGGUCGGUCGACGCUUUUGUGUACAAGAUGGUGUCUCAUGCCAAGAGCUCCAAAAGCGAAUUCCCUUUUGUGACUGUUCCCGAUUUUGGUGUCCAGGCAGCAAAGGUAUUGAGCACUUCUGUUUUCUUCUACCUUGGAUCAUAUGCUUCGGUGAAGAACGAUCAACGUCUAGCCUGGGAAAACUACACAGCCGAUCCCAACAACCACUAUUGGCUUGAAGAGAACAUUCACCAAGUUCAAGUCGAUGACCCCAACUACCAUGGUCCCAUUGUGGAGGAUUUCAUCACCUCUUACCAGCUGUUUGAUUGGAUGGUUAACACAAUUCCCUACAAUGAUACAACUGAUCCCUAUUCGGUAAUUUGGCAGCAUUAUCCUUCUAGUCCUACACCAUAUAUCCCCCCAUUCAACUGGGUUGCCGACACUAAUCCUGUUUAUCGCAGAAACAUUGUACAUGCAAGGGAAACAAAGACAAUUACCAUGGCUGAAGUGUCCAAUCUAGUUGAUGAUCCAAGUGAUGAACAACAAGUGCAGUUUGCUGAUUUGACCAAUGACUGGGCUAAAAGCUAUAUUUCACCAGAUGAAGACCCAUCAGAACCCAUCAUUGAGUUGAUUUUCCCCAUGCUAAACACUGUCGACAAGGUUCAGAUUGACUUGGAAAACCCUGACUUGGGCCCACCGGUUGGUCUCUUGUUCCUCCUUGGUUACGUCAGGGAUCUCAUUCGAGACAUUCUCCCCCCCAAUUCAAAGGGCAUCAUCAUUGUUUUCAAAAAUACCUAUGACCAAGUCUUCUCUUACCGGAUCGAUGGCGCUGAAACAACCUUUCUUGGUUCUGGGGACCAUCAUGAAGCAAAGUACAACCACAUGGGACGUUCUGCCCUGCUCCCUGAUCUCUCCAAGGAAAACAAAGGCAAAGGUUCCUCCAUGUACACAGGACUUCCAUUGGACACAAAGGCAUGUGUGUAUGAAGUGACCAUUUACCCCUCACAAGAAAUGCAGGAUCGAUAUGUUACCUCAGAUCCCACUAUGUUGGCGGUUGGUGCGUUCCUUAUUUUCCUUUUUACAUCAGCUGUGUUCUUGCUGUAUGACAUGUAUGUGGCUCGCCGGCAGCACAUCAUCCAGAACCGAGCACUGGCAUCUGGUGCUAUUGUGAAUUCUCUCUUCCCGGAAGGAGUGCGGGACCAGCUUUAUGAAGAGCACCGACCAGCUCCUGAGCAGGCCAAGACCAAGAACAACAUGUUGUCCUCUGUGGCAGCAAUGGGAGCCAUAUCUGACAAUGCUUCUGAAGAUCCUUCAGCAAUGUCCCCAGCAUCUGGAAAACCAAUCGCAGACUUGUUUGAAGAAACUUCUGUGUUCUUUGCAGACAUUGUCGGCUUUACCAAGUGGAGUAGCUCGAGGACUCCAAUUGAAGUAUUUGAACUAUUGGAAGCUCUCUAUGGAGCAUUCGAUGCUAUUGCCAAACGCCGUCGAGUGUUCAAAGUCGAGACUAUUGGAGAUUGUUACGUUGCUGUGACCGGCCUUCCCAAUCCUCAAGCUGAACAUGCUGUGAUCUUGGUGAAGUUUGCUCGAGAUUGUAUGACGAGGAUGAGACAAGUCCUCGAAGACCUAGUGGAGACCUUGGGUGUUGACACUCGUGAAUUGGAUAUGAGAGUUGGGAUUCACAGUGGUCCAGUCACAGCUGGCGUUUUGCGUGGUGAGAAGGGCCGCUUCCAGCUGUUUGGUGAUAGUGUGAACACUGCUGCUCGAAUGGAAAGCCAUGGGAAGCCAGGAAUGAUCCAUGUCUCCGAAGCAACCGCUAAUGAACUGACCAAAGCUGGCAAGGCAAGCUGGCUACAACCACGUGAUGAAAAGAUCACUGCCAAGGGCAAGGGAGAAAUGCAGACCUACUUUGUGAUUAUGGCUCCUCCUCGCACAAGUAUCAUCUCAAGUGGUGAAUCGAUGGUUCUAUCUUCAGCGACCAUGUCUUCGAUUGGCGAAUCAACCAACCAAGGUUUGCGUGGCUCUUUGCCUGGGCGAAGUGACAGCUUUGACGAUGAAUUCCAGGCAACGGUGGAGGUCUAGCUAGCUACCCACCCAGAAGGAUUGCACGUACCUGCAGUUUAAUUUUAGAUGGAAUGUACCCGUAUGAUUUGAUUCCAUUCGAUCAUUCAGCCGGUAGCAGGGAGGUACACUGUACCGGUAGGUGGUGGCUGCUGGAUUGGAUUCGCAGGUUCAGUUUCCCAUCCGACUGCGAGCCCCUUGCCGCGUUUGGUCGCUUCGCUGGCUGACCCUGACAUCACUUAUUUUUGGUCAGGUCAGGCUUCCUUGACACCAGUUAUUGGUCUGGCUUUCCUUUACAAGA